GACCGCAGGAUGGAGAGCGGCGACGAGGAAGCCACCGAGAAGCACCGCGUCCACUUGCGCCCCGCCACGCUGCGCGACGCUGCCCCCGUCGCGCUGCAUCUACUACCCUGCGAGGUCCUGGCUAACCGGCCCGCCCCCGUCGAGCGCUUCUUUGUCCCGGCCAUCCGCCAGCGGCCCGCGGGGCUCGAGGUGUCGUUUCGGGGCCGCAUUCUGCGGGGCGAGGAGGUGGUGGUGCCGCCGGGCCUCGCGGGAUACGUGAUGGUGAUGGACGAGAAAGCAGAGGUGUUGAUAGGGUUAGAAAGGAAACAGGAAUUGAAGGGUUCGGAGGACGACGAGGAAGAGCAGCAGGAGGGCCCGGAGCCGCUGGAGCGGGACUUCGACCGCUUUAUCCGGGCCACUGCCAGUUUUGCCCGCUUCCACCUGUGGGGCCUGGAGACGAUCCCGGGCCCGGACGCCAAAGUGCGCGGGGCCUUGACCUGGCCCACCCUGGCUGCAGCGGUGGGCCUCCCCCAGAUGUGGCCCCUGCCACUGGAUCUCAGCAAUCCAACAGCAGGUGACUCCUGCUGCAGAUUCACACACAGGUGCCUGCAGACUGAGACCCAGAGCUUGAGACUGAAAGCCACUGAUGCCUGCACCCCAAUAAACCAGCCCUGCACUCUGGAGCUACUGAUCCCGUCUCCCCAAUAAAUGAGUUCUGC